GACCGUUCCGUUAAAGCUACCAUGUAAUGUUUACUUCUUUUGAACAACGGCGUGUCGUCCUUGGUUAACACUGUUGGAGAUCGCAGAUGCGGUAUCUGAUGCCGUGUAAAUCACAUUUCCCCUGCGAGACACUCGUUAAAACCGCGGAAUCCCUUUUGCAUCGGCAGUAUUAGUGGUUCUUCCUGCGGUCCGUGUUCAUGAUGGCGAUGUUCCGCAGUUUUGUGUCUGCUGCUCAGCUCAGGCAGCAUCAGCAGCAAAAUGGAGCCGCUGCAGCCGCACCUGGGGAGAGCCUGGAGAGCCAGUUCUCCUGUCCCAUCUGUCUGGAGGUGUACCACAAACCUGUCAGCAUCGCAAGCUGCGCCCAUACUUUCUGUGUGGACUGUCUACAGCCGUGUCUGCAGGUGACAUCGCCUCUCUGUCCACUCUGCCGCAUGCCUUUCGAUCCAAAGAAAGUGGAGAAAUCCUCCAGCGUGGAAAAACAGCUCUCUUCAUAUAAGGCACCGUGUAGAGGGUGCAGCAAAAAGGUCACCCUGGUCAAAAUGCGGUCACAUAUUUCAUCUUGCACAAAGGUUCAAGAACAGAUGGCCAAUUGCCCAAAGUUCAUGCCUGUGGUCCCCACCUCACAACCCAUUCCCAGGUAAGAAUUGCUCCACGGAUCAUUUAAGGUCAGGUUGACAUAAUCAUGAAAAUGUGUUUUUUUCUUCAUCAAUUCUUUUUUAGAUUUUUUGUGAACACUGCGUGUUAUUAUGAUUACACUUUUUGGAAAGACAGGUUUUCAAAUGUGUUUGGCUGUAAUUGUCUCUAAAUCAGUUCAAUGAGUAGGAAAGUGAUGCACAAAUCUUUAUAUUUAUUUUAGUGGCAUUGUCAACUAAAUUGUGCAGACUCGUAUUGGCCAUUUGACCUACUUCCGUGCUCAUUUUCAUUUAUUUAUUUACUUAGGGUAUUUAUUCUUACUUUAAAUCAUUGCCUGCACAAUUCAGCCAAUGUUUUUCUGAAUUCAGGAUUCAAUGUGAAAACAAAAGUAAUGAAUGGUAAAUCCUCUUUAGUCUUGACUUGCAAUGCUCUCAUUUGUCUCAUCUUCUGUGAACAGUUAGCUCUUUAAGAAGGAUUUCUCUGUGCAAGGUUGAAAAGAAAUGUUUCUUUUCUUUGUGUGUUUCACAAAAAUGCACUUCACAUGAAUGUGCGAGUAUGAAUUUAAGAUAUAAUAUAUAGAUAAAAACAUUUAAGAAUUUCUAAUUGUUGAAACUUAAGUUUUACACUUUAAGAAUAUUACUGGUUUAAAAUCCAACUCCAUUGUAUAUGUAACAUCAAAUAUGAAAAUAUUAACAUUAUCACGACCAAUUAGGACAGUUUCAUUCAGGAAAACAAUAGAAUUACGUCAAUGGAAACUUGUUGCAUUGUGCCCAGUUUGGACACAGAAUUUUAGAAUAUUUUCUCUUUCUCCCUACGUUAAAGAGCAACCAAUCCCACAAAUCUCUCUUAAAAAAAUGCUGCCUUUAUGACUCAUACUUCUCUGAAGCACUCGAUGUUCUUUGGGACAGCAGUUAAAAUGAAGCGAAGAGCUUUAAAAUAUGGAUCCAGGACGCGUUUCAUUCUUUAGACCCACACACUAACAGUGUAGGUAUACUUGGAUCUAGAGAUGUCAAACUGAUGUCUGACAGUUCAAGACAGACACAAAGUUUUGUAGACAGGAAUCCGAUAAAAGUCCAAUCGGAUGUCUUCAGGUUGAGUUAUGUGUGUGCAUCUCUGUCGUGCUUCACUCUUCCUUUGAAGCACAGGAAGAGCGAGAGGAGGAUAAGAAUUAAUUAGCUCUUCAAAGCAGAGCAUGUUGAUGUAUUCCCACUCUGUCUCUGUCUGCAAAAGUCUUGCAUCACGGCUAUUUAUCGUACUCUUUGUGGUAGCAUUACACAAAUAUUGUAGAAUAUAGCGUGUUCGUGACACUAUGACACAUUUCUGUCUCGGUGCACAGUGAGUCAGUGGUUUAACAGACAGCAGUUUUGUAUGGAGGUGAGGAAACUUCAGACUUAUGCUUUCCAAAACACCAUAAAGUCAGGGUUGAUGACCUAGAACAAACUCAUCUGAGUUUUAGAGGGCUUCAGAGCUAAGAGAAUAUUUAUAUUUAGUUUUAAACAACACUCACAACAAAUUUGGCUUCCAGAAUCUGAUGAAUUGGGGGCCAGGACUAGGGCUGUGUGAUAUGUACUGUGUACAGUCGUGGCCAAAAGUUUUGAGAAUUACAUAAAUAUUGGAAUUGGAAAAGUUGCUGUUUCAGUUUUUAUAAUAGCAAUUUGCAUAUACUCCAGAAUGUUAUGAAGAGUGAUCAGAUGAAUUGCAUAGUCCUUCUUUGCCAUGAAAAUUAACUUAAUCCCAAAAAAACCUUUCUACUACAUUUCAUUGCUGUCAUUAAGGGACCUGCUGAGAUCAUUUCAGUAAUCGUCAUGGCCUGGAAACUCCCUAGAUCUUAAUCCCAUUGAGAACUUGUGGUCAAUCCUCACGAGGCGGGUGGACAAACAAAAACCCACUAAUUCUGACAAACUCCAAGAAGUGAUUAUGAAAGAAUGGGUUGCUAAAUGCCAUGUAAUUGUCGAUAAAAGCCUUUGAAACGUAUGAAGUGCUUGUAAUUAUAUUUCAGUACAUCACAGAAACAACUGAAACAAAGAUCUAAAAGCAGUUUAGUAGCAAACUUUUUGAAAACUAAUAUUUAUGUAAUUCUCAAAACUUUUGGCCACGACUGUAUGAUAAUGUUGCAAUUAUUGUUUUAGCAAUGUGUGAGCUGACAUUAUUUAUUGUGUCACAAACAAAACCAUGCCUGUGGUGUGUGGUUUGUAGCAAAUUAGCUAAAAAGGGAAAUGUGUAUAUAUAUACAAUUAAUUAUGAUUCACAAUUAUUUAUAUCAGCUGCCAGUAGUAACUGUAGCAGAAAUAAAUUGCCAUCAACUAAUCUGUUCGUCCAGCGAACAUUCAGUGUAAGUUCAUAUUUACUCGAGGCCACAGAAAAUAUCUUUCCUACACUAUUAGUGGAUUAGAGCAUGUCGCCAGAUCAGAAUCAUAAAGAGACAUUAUUCACAAGCAGUGACAGAAUCAGACACUCAUGUAAUUCAUGCACAAAAGUUUUAUUAAUGAAACGCUAGCACAUAACUAGUCUAAACAAACAAAUGAAUAAACAUAGACUCGUGUGCAUACAAAGGGGAGCUAAAGUGGAUGAAUGAAGCCAUUAGAGAAACCAGAGAAUGCAGUUUACGAAAAAUGAGUCUGAACCCAUCAGUAAACCCAUCGGUGCCAUUUUACAAUGUGGUCUACUCUAAAGCUUAUACUAAACCUCUGUUGCGUUUGGUUAAAUGUACGAUAUUUGCAUUGCCUUGGUCAUUAAACGAGUGUCCGGAUGCAGUCUCGGAUGAAAGUCUUGAUGGUUUCAAAGUUUGGGCUUGCGAUCACGUUCUUCCGGGUUUGAAGAGUGAUGAACUCCAACAAUGUUCUGACUCGGUGGUGGUUGGGAGUUUCUUCCCAGGAAGAAUUUGAAAAGAGAAGAGCGUGGAGCUCGAAAUUAUCAGCUAAAAUCCUUGGUGAAUGGAAAGACGAGGGCACAGUCUGGCACCAAACUUAGGGGGUCUGGAAAAGUCCUUGCUCAGCAUCAGUAUCAGUAUCACACACACCUAGUCAGGACUUUAUUUUAAUUUGAUUGAGAAAAGUUAUAGUUAUAACUUCUUAUAAUAGUUAUAAUAUAUUCUUUAUCACAAGUGGGAUUGAAGGAUGAAGUUGAAAAAUAAAAAGGCUUGUUGACAUUAGCAGAAAAGGAAAGUUGUUUCAGAGGUGGAGCAAGUUAUUCAAUUUUUAAUACCUUUUAUGAAGUAAACAUUUUAUUUCCUGUUGACUUUAACAAUAACCAUCCUUAUUUCUGUAGUCCUAAGUUGAAGGUAGUGACACCAUUAUAUUUCAUCUUGUGUCAGACACUCAGACACCAUUUUUUUUUUUUUUUUUUCACCAGCAGGGUUGUUGGAUGUCAUACACUACCUUCAAAAACUGACCAUUUGGAGGCAUCUCGGUAGACAGAAUGGUUGUUCAGUUCAGAUUGUCCUUUUGGAUAAUGUGUGAAAUUGGCAUUAGGAUUUUGGGUCUUUGAUUUUUGUCUGUGCCAGACCAUCAGUGUAUCCAAGCUGCUUGGCAGAAUUAAAAAAAAUGCUAAAAAAAAAAUUUGGAUGACACUUUCAGACAUUAUUUGUCUAUAUAUUAUAAACUAAUAUUAUGUUUAAUUUAAUGUAUUUUUCAUUUUUGUUUUAUGUUAUACUAAUGUAACAGGUCUAAUCCUUGGUAAAUAUAAUGCAUGACAAUGUGGUUCCCAGAAGUAAUUAUUGAAUUAAACUGAAUUUAAACUGAGCAAGUGUUACAUUACCCAUAAUCUUAAGAAAAAAAAAAUCCCCAAUCAAGGACAGAAUUACAGCAACAUGUCAACAGUGUUCACACCAGAAAUGACUCCGUUUUUUCACUCUUGAGACAACUUGAUCAAUUUGGUUAAGUCUUAUGAAAAAUAUGUUUGCUGAAAUGUCAUUCUUUUCUUCUCUUCUCUUCUUUUCUCUAGGAUUUGAAUGGUCUUGUAGCUUGCUGAAACAAGAACAUCAGAAAAAUAAUUGUAAACUAUAAAACAUUUUAGAGGGCUGCAUUCAUGUUUGCUGGAUAAUUGAACAGAUUUUGCCUCAGACGCAAGUUACUCGAUAAUAUUUCAUUGGCGUAUUAAUGUUUAAUGGUCUUGGUUUUGAAAUCCCUGUAGACAAAAGAAAGGAGCUGCUGAAAACUGGGAGGUCAGGAAUGCCUCAAAUGGCUAAUGUGAACAGAAGGUUCUUGGCUCAUUUUUUAUGGACUUGAAAGUUAUUCACACAAUGUUAUACACCCUUCUGGCUGCACAUAUGCAUUAUUCAUGUGAACACUGAUAAUCAGUUUGUUACACAACUCUGUUCAUUUACUCUUUUG